AAAAUAAUGCAGCUGGUCACGUGCUCAGAAGUCAAACUUUUACAUAUUUAUACACCCUGCCUUCUCUUUCUUCUUCUGUAAACUCUUGAAAUCUGAAUCAACUUCUUCUAGCACUAUAGCAAUCAUGACUGGCAAAGAAAUCCUCCAAAAGAUGAAGGUGAAAGUUGGGCUUGGAACAUCAGUACCAGAAACAGGGAAAGGAAAAGGCAAAACAUCAAAACAUAUUACACAUGGCUUUCACUUGAUGAAAGGAAAAUCAGCCCAUCCUAUGGAAGAUUAUUUAGUUUCAGAAUUUAAAAAAGACAAGGACAAAGAAUUGGGUUUGUUUGCUAUAUUUGAUGGCCACUUAGGCCAUGAUGUUGCAAGCUAUUUGCAGAACCACCUUUUCCAAAACAUCUUGAAACAGAAUGACUUCUGGACUGAAACAGAAAUCGCAGUGAAGAGAGCUUAUCUUGAAACAGAUGAGAAAAUACUAGAACAAUCACUUGUCUUGGGAAGAGGAGGAUCAACAGCAGUAACUGCAAUACUGAUUGAUGGCCAGAAGCUUGUAAUAGCAAAUGUUGGUGACUCUCGAGCUGUUGUUUGUGAGAAUGGAAAGGCAAGGCAACUAUCUAUUGAUCAUGAGCCAAGCAAGGAGAAAAAAUAUAUUGAAAGACGUGGUGGUUUUGUCUCAAAUCUCCCAGGAGAUGUGCCUCGUGUAGAUGGACAGCUGGCAGUAGCAAGGGCUUUUGGUGACAAGAGCUUGAAGAUGCAUCUUAGUUCAGAACCUGAUGUGGUUGUACAGGAUGUAGAUCAGCAUAUAGAGUUUCUCAUUCUGGCUAGUGAUGGAAUAUGGAAGGUUAUGUCAAACCAAGAAGCAGUGGAUUCUAUUAGACAAAUAAAGGAUGCUCAGGCUGCAGCUGAACGCUUGAUUGAAGAGGCUGUUUCCAAGAAGAGUAAGGAUGACAUAUCCUGCAUAGUUGUGAAGUUCCAAUGACAUUGUACAAUGUGUGUAUCUCAGAUGAACAUCUUGUUCUUUUCUAAGCUGAAUGCUUUCACAAGUUCAUCAGAAUUGAUCACAUGUAUAGAUGAUCCAAUCAAACAUUUACUUUUUUUUAUGAAAUUCUAUUAAGCGCGUGUGUCUAAAUGAAUAGUUAUUGCCGCCA